AUGACCCCCUAUUUGGACCAGCUCCUUGUGAGCAGUAGUGAGGCUGGUGACAACUGUGUGGCAGUUUGGGGAGGCCAUCCUGGCAAAGCUGGCAGAGAAAUAGGAACUCAGAGACCACCACUGAGACUACCUCUGCAUUCAUUUGAAGCUUUAAGUUACAAGGUGACAACCCUGAGGCACUUCCUUGCCCCCAAACAGGAGCAAGAAACAGCUUGCCGAACAAUCCAUGAGAAAGAAGAGGAAGAGUUCAAUGAGAAGAGUGAAAAUGAUUCUGGUAUUAAUGAGGAGCCUCUCCUCACAGCAGAUCAGGUAAUUGAGGAGAUUGAGGAAAUGAUGCAGAACUCUCCAGAUCCUGAGGAAGAAGAGGAGGUUCUGGAAGAGGAUGAUGGAGGAGAAAUCUCAUCCCAGGCAGACUCAGUCCUACUGCAGGAGAUGCAGGCUUUGACACAGACCUUCAACAACAACUGGUCCUAUGAAGGGUUGAGGCACAUGUCUGGGUCUGAGCUGACCCAGCUGCUGGACCAAGUGGAGGGUGCGAUCCGCGACUUCUCAGAGGAGCUGGUGCACCAGCUGGCCCGCCGGGACGAGCUGGAGUUUGAGAAGGAAGUGAAAAACUCCUUCAUCACGGUGCUCAUUGAGGUUCAGAACAAGCAGAAGGAGCAGCGGGAACUGAUGAAAAAGAGGCGGAAAGAAAAAGGGCUGAGUCUGCAGAGCAGCCGAAUAGAGAAGGGAAACCAGAUGCCUCUCAAGCGUUUCAGCAUGGAAGGCAUCUCCAACAUUCUUCAGAGUGGCAUCCGGCAGACCUUUGGCUCCUCAGGAACUGAUAAGCAGUACCUGAACACAGUCAUCCCUUAUGAGAAGAAAUCCUCUCCUCCCUCUGUGGAAGAUCUGCAGAUGCUGACAAACAUUCUCUUUGCCAUGAAGGAGGAUAACGAGAAGGUGCCUACUUUGCUAACGGACUACAUUUUAAAAG